CCACUAGUUGUCUAAAUAAAUGUUAUGUUAAUUUAAUUUUAAUUUUUUCUGUUCACAGAAUUCAAGCACGUCCAGUUCAUGUGGAAAUGUAAGUUUUGUGCCUUUUCCUCCAGUGGCCAAGGAAAAAUAAUACAGCAUUAUAAAGAGCAUCAUGGACAUCACCGGAGGUGUUCAGGCCUUGUCUGCAUUUAUCAAGACUGUUUGAACACAUUUCAAACCCAAACUGAACUUAAAAACCACUUGAAAGAACAUUCAAAAGGUCAUAAAAUUGUGACCAAGUUAUGCUGUGAUUUGUGUACAUUCUCAGAGCCUAGUAACAUUAUCAAAUAUUGUGCCCAUCUGAAGACUCAUUUGAGGAACAGGGAAACAGUUAAAUGUCCGUUUGCAGGUUGCUCUUUCAAGUCCAAUGUACUGUCAACAUUUACUUCUCAUAGAAGUCGCUAUCAUAGGUUGUCCACCUUAAACAGUUUAAGACCAGAGCUUUUUGUACACCAUGCACUUACAAAUGCAGUGCUAGAAGAGGAUUCUGUUUCUGGGACUGAGGCAUCAACUUCAUAUGAUUCAGUACCCGAGGGUGUACCUCCUCUUGAAAAUGGAGAGUCAAUUAAACGUCAGUUGGCAUCUUUAUUUAUCCGUAUGCAAACAAUUCUGCAUGUUUCAAAUUCUGCAGUACAGGAAGUAAUUGAUGAGUUAUUUGACAUUGGAGACUUUGCCUAUAAAAAUAUUAAAACAAUUAUAGAGAAAGUUUUGGAGGAAAAUAACUGUGCAGCUGAUGCCUCUGUUGUAACAUCAUUGUCUGAUGAAAUACAAUCGUUGAACCCACUCAAAUUUCUUUCAAGAGCAGGGCCUUUGGGCACAGAACGUAAAAGGCAGUCAUUUUCCAGAAAGAUUUUUACAGUGAUUGAACCGGUUGAAUAUGUGCUAAAUCCACAAGAAAAAAAUCAUUCAUUUGUUUAUGUUCCUAUUUUAGAUUUGUUAAGUAAGUUGUUGGAAAGAAGUGAGAUUCUAGAGACAUUACAGAGAUCCAAUGGACAGGAAGGUCAUUACUGCUCAUUUCAAGAUGAUGAAUACUUUAAAGAAAACAAACUUUUUGCUGAAGAAUUAGGCAUAGCUCUUGGCUUAUACAUUGAUGAUUUUGAAAUCUGUAUUCCAUUGGGAACUUCAAGAAAGAAACAUAAGUUGUGUGGUAUAUAUUGGGUGAUAGCUAACUUACCCAUAAGACUUAGAUCAACAUUAUCAUCAAUUUAUCUAGCUGCAUUGUGCAAAACUGUACAUGUAAAACAAUAUGGUUACAGCAAAGUUUUGGAGCCUCUGAUUAGAGACCUUCAGCAUUUAGAGACGACUGGUGUAUUUGUGAAAAGACUUGGGUCUUGUGUCAAAGGUACUGUUUUGUAUGUGUCUGCCGAUAACUUAGGUGCACACUCCCUUGCUGGAUACCAAGAGUCUUUCAACGUGGAGAAAUUUUGCAGAUUUUGUUUGGCUAACCUUAAAGAUAUUCAGCAUCAUGAUGUCAGAAGUGGGGCAUUUACUUUGAGAACACCAGAACUGUUUGAUGAAGCCAUUAAUGUGCUUAACACAACUAAUGCCUCGUGUGUUCAUGGUUUGAAGAGAGACUGUCCUUUAAGCAGACUUGCCCACUUUCAUCCUGCAAAAGGUUUUCCACCUGAUUUUCUGCACGAUUUAUUGGAGGGAAUUGUACCUGUGGAACUAUGCAUAUGUCUUUCAGAUCUUAUUGCUAAAAAGUAUUUCACAUUGAAUGAUCUUAAUGAUAGAAUAGCAUCAUUUCCUUUUCAGUUUUCUGACAAAACUAACAGGCCUCAGACAAUACCAACAAACUUUUCAAAAAAAAGAACAAUUGGUGGCAAUGGACACGAGAACUGGGCACUUCUGAGAUUUCUUCCACUGUUGAUUGGCCAUCAUAUUCCAGAGAGUGAAAAGACUUGGUCUGUGAUCCUUGAACUGAAAGACAUUGUGGAGGUGUUAUCAAGCCCCUCAUUCACAACAGAAACCCUGUGCUACCUACAAGCCAAAAUUUCUGACCACAGACAGUUGCUCUUAGAAUUAUUUCCUGGUACUAAAUUACGCCCUAAACAUCAUUAUCUUGAAAAUUAUCCUGUUCUGAUUCAGAAAUUUGGACCAUUAAUUGAGUUCUGGACAAUACGAUUUGAGGCAAAACAUUCUUUUUUUAAAAGAAUGGUUCACAAUACUGGCAAUUUCAAAAAUAUUCUGCACACGUUGGCCACAAGACAUCAACUGAUGUUGUCAUAUUACUUGGAGAUGCCAACUAUUUUCAAGCCAAGCAUUGAGACUGGACGAGUAUCAGUUGUGUCUGUGGGCAUCCUAGAUGCUGCAAUCAGAGAGGCUGUAUGGAAUAAGUUUGAAGGUCUGGACUCUGUUUCACUCACCUCCAUUGCUUACUUGAAUGGGACAAAAUAUUCUAAAGGCAUGGUACUCUCAGUUGGACAGACGUGUGGACUGCCAGAUUUUGGGAGAGUAUUGGAGAUCUGUGUAGUGGAUGGUUGCAUAUCAUACUGAACUAUUCACAGCGACCUUCCAAGAGCAUCUCAGGUGUUACCAGCUCGCCAGAAGAGAUCCUGCAACAAUUGUGGUCAUUGAUCCGGACCGUCUGAAUGACUACAUUCCCCUUGCUGCAUACCCUGUUGAAGAAAAGCUGCUCGUCACUCCAAGGACAUUCAUGUUACAUUAAGUUCUUGGUAUCUCAUCAAUGAUGCUUCUCAGAGUCAUCGUCUCACCUCAGGAAAUAAGACGUGUCACCCUACAGGAGGUUCCCCCAUCAGUUGAUGAGUUAUGUGUAGUUCUGGGCAACACUCUGGGCCUCCGUGGGAAGUUCCUUUUACAGUUUGAAGAUCCAGACUUUGGGAAUGAGCUCUGCAAUUUGACAGACAUCAAGGACCUACCAACUGAACGAGCCACACUGAAAGUUCUGUUCACGUUUUCUGAACCAGUUUCUGACUCGACAUUAGAUACUGCAAGCCUUAGUUCCCAGAAUAGUGCAAGCCCCAGUUCCAAGAAUAGUGCAA